AUGCAGGACACCUCCGCGGCCCUGCUCACGGGUGUGCGCGAUCUGCUCUUGCACCUCGACCCCACCACCACAGCCAUACUACGCGCGUCCCCCAGCAGCACCGCCCUCAUCGGCGCCGCCCCAGCCGACCUACAUGGCCAGCCGCUGGCCGCUCUGAUCCACCCGGACGACUUCCCCGUCUUCAUCUCCGAGAUGCACGACGCUGCUACCGCCCGCAGCAGCAGCAGCAGCAGCAUCGCCUUCCGCUUCCACGUCCGCAUUUCCAACACCUCGGGCUACGCUGCGUUCGAGCUCCACGGCUCGCUGCAGCACGCCGGCGGCUACCUGGUUCUGACUGCCCGACCGCUGCUCCUCAAGCACACUGCCGCGUUUGACUCCUUCCUCGACCUCAAGACGGAGCAGCUGAUGCUGCUGCGCCAGAUCCGCGAGCUACGGGAAGAGGCCCUCGCCGAAGCUGCUGCUGCUGCUUCUGCUUCUCCUAUUCCCCCCUCUCCCGCGACCACCACAGGCAGCAGCCCUUACCCCGCAGUCGGCGCGGCGGUGGCCCGUGAGGUCAAGGGCGACCUGGGCAUCUUCUUCGUACCCAGGGAGCACGCCGACGCACCCGUGAAGCGCAGAGGGAAGAGGAAAACCACCGACGACGACGGCAGGCCCAUCGGCGAGCGUUGCUGCCAGUGGUGCGGCGCCACUUCAGCGCCAGAGUGGAGACGGGGGCCCGGCGGGCCCAAGACGCUGUGCAACGCCUGUGGACGCCCCGAUGAGCCCCCCACCAGCCACCACCAUCACCACCACCACCGCCGCCGCCGCCAGCAGAUCCGCUAA